AUGUCAACAAAUUUACUGGAUGUCGAUCAAGCUAUAUUUGAACCUCUACUCAGUCCAUUAUUUCCCAAAGCAACAGAAAUACUUUUUUAUACAGGUAAUACAUUAGCAUUACCAAAAUUAAUGAAAAAAACCAAUAAAAGCAUCACUGAAGAGAUUAUUGAAUAUAUUUCAACAGUAUUACAAACAAUGCGAAUAGAGAUGAAUGAAAAACAAUUUCAAAAUGAAACAUAUGUUAAAUUUCUUCCAAUAUCUGAUGAAACAUCAAUAACAAAUAAUUAUAAUGGUACAAGUUCUGAUACUGAACAAUUAACACGAGAGGAUUUAAAAUUUUCCGUUAAAAUAUUUCUUCGUUCACUAGAUCCAGAAUUAUUAUCUCAUACAAUUGAUACAGUUUUAAAUCAAUUAAAAGAAAAUUAUUUAGAAAGUGUCAUGAUAUCAUUACCAAAUUUAGGUGUACAAAUAAAAUUAGAUGAUUUUUUACCACUAUGGCGUAUUAUUGAAGACUAUAUAGAUAAACAAAAAAUUUUAUCAGCUGGUGUUUGUGAUUUUAUGCUUCCAUUAUUGUCUGAUUUAUAUGAUUCUUGUAAUCAUAAGCCAUAUGCAAAUCAAAUUAAUUUAGGUGUUUGUUGUUCAAUUCCUGAAGAAUUGAAUAAAUAUGUUAAAGAACAUAAUAUACAACUUUUAACACAUAGUGAUCCAAUUGAUAUUAUUAAUGAAACAGAUUUUCAAGAAGUUAUACGAAAAUAUUGUCAUGAGUAUGAUUCAAUUAAUUGGAAACCAUUAUCUAUUGUUCGUUAUAAUUCCGUUAUUAAAAAUCGAGGUAUUAUUAAAACAAAAGGAUUUUUUAUAUAUGCUAAACGAGAACUACGUAUGAAUUAA